UUUAUAUUUAGAUCGUGGCACCGACGGAAGAACCGAGUCCGUUAUACUGUAAAAUGAAGCGCUACGGUGAGUGUGUUUAGUAAAGCAGUGCUGUUGGUGUCGUGAGGGGCUUCGAGCUGAUAUUCGAUCCGUCGAGCUAUAUUUAUCUGCUCGGAGCUCGAUGCGCAUGCGCAGAAACACACUCACCGACACCGAGCACACCGACAACCAGCAGGUGUCAGUAUGGACGUGUUUGAGGUCAGAGGUCGCCUGGACGUGAUCGCGGAGGAGCUGGCGAGUGAGGAGGAGGAGGAGGAGGCCACUGAUGAAGAUGUGUUUGAGCAGGGCUCCUCUGAUGUGUCCACACACACGCAGCAGAUGAAGGAGCAGCUGAACAAGCGCAGGAGCAAACUGAGCCAGAAGAUCGUGGAGAUGGAGAACUUCGCCAGUAACCUGGAGGAGAUCUUCAUCACUGUGGAGGAGAACUUCGGCCGGCAGGAGCAGAAUCUGGAGCAGCACUAUAAUGAAGUUCUGCAGACGCUGUCGCAGAGGAACGAGGCACGAGCAGCCGCUCUGGACGAGCAGAAGAACAGCAAGCUGGAGUGUUUGUACGGUCAGCUGCUGCGGUGCGGCCAAACCCUGGACGCCUCCAAAGAGUUGAUCGAGAGCGCACAGGAGCUCCACCGCAGACCAGACAAACACGGCUUCCUGCAGGCUGUCAUGCCAGUGAUGAAGAGAGUGGAGCAGUUCGCCGGAGAGGAAGUGGAUCUGAAGCUGGGAGUGUCUCUGGACUUCCAGGUGCUGACCCCAGAUCUGUCCGAGGUCAGACAGAUGAUGGAGUCCAUUAAUGUGCUUCCAGCUCCGUCGGCUCCGGUCAUGAAUCCUCAGAUCGCUAACUCUGCCACAGACACGUCGCUGCACGUGUGCUGGAGUCUGUUCUCGGACGACACCGUGGAGUUUUACGAGCUUUACUGGCGUCUGAUCUCUGAUGACUGCACCAUGGAGACGCCGCAGGAGGUGUCUCAGCUGAAGGUGAAGGAGACACACUGCACCGUGUCCAGUCUGCGUCCGAACGCUCAGUACGAGCUCUGGGUCACAGCCACCAACACCACGGGCAUCAGUCCGGCCAGCGAGAGAGCCGUCUACAUGACAGUUCCAUCUCCUCCGGUUCUCAAGCCUCGGCAGUGUGUGAGCAGCCUGAACGCGGCGCUGAUCCGCUGGGACUCCGGGAACACCGACCCGGUGGAGUCUUACACGCUGGAGUUCGGAGAGACCGGCACAGACGGCUCCGGGACCGAGUCCAUCGUGGCGAUCCCGUCCUGCGAGUGUUUGCUGCAGCUGCAGCCGCAGAAGAUCUACAUCCUCCACGUCAGAGCCGUGAACAUCGGCGGCCCGAGCGACCGGAGCGAGCCCGUCCACAUCUCCACCACAGGUACGUUCUUCCACCUGCUGGAAGACACGGCGCACCCGAGUCUGUCUCUGUCAGCCGACGGCCUCACCAUGUUCUACCUGGAUGAAGAUCUUCCCAUCAGUCACAUGACCUUCAGUGACAACACCUUCAACAGGUGUGUGGCGGUUCUGGGCGACCUGGUGCCCGUCCGAGGACAGUAUUACUGGGAGGUCGAGGUGGACGAGGACGCAGAGUUUCGUGUGGGCGUGGCGUAUGAGGACACACAGCGUAACUCACACCUGGGCGGGAACAACACGUCCUGGUGCAUGAGACACAUCCUCACACCGUCCAGGCACAAGUACGAGUUCCUGCACAGCGGCUGGACACCGGACAUACGCAUCACGGUGCAGCCGCUGCGGAUCGGUGUGUUCCUGGAUUAUUCCCGUGGGAUCCUGUCCUUCUACAACGCAGCGCUGCGGCAGCAUCUCUACACCUUCAGCUGUCACUUCCUGCACUACGUUCAGCCGUGUUUCGCUCUGGAUAACCCCGGAGCGCUGACGCUCCGCACCGGAAUGACUGCUCCAGCUUACAUCACACCGUGACACACGAGCAGAUCUAGAGCUGAAUAAACCAGACGCAGCA